CUUGCCAUGGUCCCGCUGGGAGGAGUGGAGGCCGCGGGGCUGGGGGGGCCUGGCACCCCCGUGCUCCUGCCGCCGACCCGAGCGGACUCGGGGCUCUGGGCACUCGUACUCCGCGGGUCCCCUCGCCGCUCCGCCAGGGCACCGCCCGCAGGAGACCCGCUCGGUGACCUCUGCGUGCCUCUGCCCCUCGGGCUCCCUGAGCCGCGCUUGUGUUGGGGCUCGGGGCUGUCUGCGCCCCCGGGCGGCCGGGGCUCUCGCCUCCCCCACGGCACUGCGAGGGGCGCCCCUCUCCGGAGCGGGUUAGGGCCCCACUCAGACCUGCGCUCCCGCCUGUUCAAACUAGGCCUUGGAUCACGGCUGGAUGUGUACGGCCCCAUCACCGUAGUAUCUAGGCCCCUGCUGGAGACUCGCACACUUGUUCUCCUACCAGCCCAGGGAGGUAGAGAAGUAUCUUCCCCAUUUUACAGCUGGGGACCCGAAGUGCAGAGAAAUCUGGGUGACCUUGGACAAAUCACUUAAAUCUGGCAGAAUUCGGAGUUGAAUGCAGAUCUCCCAAUCCACCUACAGUGCUUUAAUCUCAAGAUUGUUCUUCUCUUCAAAUUAGGCUACAGUACUGUGAAGAUCUGAUCUAAAAUUAGAAGUUGUGAUGGGUUUGUCAGCUUCAUCUCCAUCUGUUGCCGUUCAGUCAGCAAAUGUAUCUGUACACUCUCAGACAGCAUCUCCACCUUCAGAAUGUCCCAUGCAUCAGGAAAAAAUGGAAGGUUGUCCAAUGCACAUGAAAUCUCCUGACCAAGGUGCUGAGAACCAAAAUAAUAAUGUUCCUGCACAUCAAGAACGAGCAUAUGAAUAUCUGGAGUGUCCUAUGAAAUCUAGUACAUCUCAAAUGAAAGAUGACAUAGAUCCAAGAAAUAUGAUGCCACCGCCUAAUCAAAUGCCAUCCCUGAAUCAACCAUUUCCACUAUCAACUAUCCGAGAAGAGUCUUCUAUUCCUAGAGCGCAUUCAGAACAAAAAUGGGUUUAUCCGUCAGAGCAAAUGUUUUGGAAUGCUAUGCUAAGGAAAGGAUGGAGGUGGAAAGAUGAUGACAUAAACCCCAAAGAUAUGAAUAAUAUUAUCAAGAUUCACAAUCAGAACAAUGAGCAGGCUUGGAAGGAGAUUUUAAAGUGGGAAGCUCUUCAUGCUGCGGAAUGCCCAUGUGGACCAUCGUUGAUCCGGUUUGGAGGUAAAGCUAAGGAGUUUUCACCUAGAGCCAGAAUACGCUCAUGGAUGGGAUAUGAACUUCCUUUUGACAGACAUGAUUGGAUUAUUGAUCGUUGUGGGAAGGAAGUCAGAUAUGUUAUUGAUUAUUAUGAUGGUGGUGAAGUAGAUAAGAAUUAUCAGUUCACCAUCUUGGAUGUCCGUCCUGCAUUUGAUUCUCUCUCUGCUGUGUGGGACAGAAUGAAAGUAGCUUGGUGGCGUUGGACUUCAUAACUACACUGAAUCUGUGUUUUCUCAAAUUGAAGAUGAGCUGCCAUUUGAACUUUAAAUAAAGAUCAUAGUAACUGUGCUUAUCUGCAUUAACCAACAUUGUCCUUAUCUCUGGGGGAAAACACUAUGCAGUUUUGUAUGAACAGAUAUUUCAGACCAUCGUUAAUUUAAAAGUAAGGUACAUGCUUUUCUCUUCCUAGGUUUAUUUCAGUGUUCAAGUUCCCUCAUAGCUGGAAAAUCUUGUGUGUACUUCACAGUCAAUUAAGACUAAACUACAUAAAAUUAGUGACUCACAAAGUGCCAGGCACAAUGGGGCCUGACCCUGAUUGAGCCUUUAGGCACUACUACAAUAUAGAUAACAAAAAGUGGGAGUUUUGUAAAAGUUUUUACUUGGUCAUUAAAAGUGGUACAUGGAUACCAUGAUGGUGGGUGUGGUGUAAAAGUCUAGGUAGAUAAUUUAUUGUUGCAAACUAAUUUAUAUACAGUUAUAUACCGGUAUUUUACUCAUCCAUAUCUAAAGCUGCUGAGAUUAUUUCAGUCGGACUAACUGUUUAAAUAAAAAAUAUGGCAUGUGAAUACUUGUAAAGGUAUGUUAAACUGAAACUAAUGUAGGAAGAGUUGUGCCAUUAUUUUCAACAGACUUUUUUUUUUUUUUUAAAGAAAAGCAAUUAAUAAUUAGAAAGACUGUGGUUACUUUUUCUUUUAAAAUGCCGCUUCUGUAUUGUAUUCCAAAAAGCAGAAAAUAAAAUGGACAUUUCAGGGUAGUUCAGUUUCAUUUUUGAAGUUAUGAAAAAUCCAUAGGGUUUGAGUUAAUUGAAUAUAUAUUUAAAAGCCCAUUGUCUUCAGUGGGUAUUACAUGGACACAGUGAAAAGCAGAAUUAACUUGUGUGUUAAAUUUUAAUUUUUGUGGCAAGUAACUGCCUCUCUUAAAGAAAAGAUAAUAAUUGGACACAUUGUUCAGUUGUCACACAUUUUGUGGAGUAUAUUGUUAAAUUAAAAUUUCUAGCCAGUGUUUUGCAGAUUUGGUAGACAGUAAAUUACUGUAUGCUGAAAUGUGUUGUCAUUUAAAAGGUAUAAAUGUAGAGUAUCAGAAAUGUUAAGCUAUUGAUUUGACUUGCUGUUCUUGCUAUCAUAAUGUAGAUACACCUCUACCCUGAUAUAACGCUGUCCUUGGGAGCCAAAAAAUAUUACCGCGUUAUAGGUGAAACUGCGUUAUAUUGAACUUGCUUUGAUCCCCCGGAGCGCGCAGUCCUGCCCCACCCCCUCUCCUCCGGAGCGCUGCUUUACCGUGUUAUAUCUGAAUUUGUGUUAUAUUGGGUCGCGUUGUAUUGGGGUAGAGAUGUAUUUAAAAUUACUUAUUGCAUAUGGUGUAGCAAUUUGAACAAUCUUACAUGUGUAUAGUAAGGGAAAUUACUUCGUAAUAGUUUUCUAACUUGAUAUUCCCUAUAAAUCAUACUUUGGGGUUCUGUGGCACCAGGAGCUCAAAUUAAAGCUUAAAUUAAUCCUCCCUUUCCUCCUGUGUCCUGUUCUUGAGACUGAUCAAUCCACACAUGUCACUUUGGAUCGGUAGGAGUAACUGAAUACUAUGUAUUCUAGGUCCUCUAGAGGGAAAUUUCUCCAAUAUUACAUAAGCCUAACUUUUGGAUGAAGGGCUGUGUGUAAUUGGAUUUAUAUAGGAAACUACCUUCAGAGAGCUGUUUUGCAAUCAACUGACUUUCACUUCAUGAGGAAGUAACCUCAUAUCGCUCCUACUUUGAAGGUUGUAGUGGAGACCACCUUUGUUGUCCAGAGGAAAAGUUCCCCCUUCAGAGGCUUCCAGAAAGUAUUCCAGAGCCUAAAGUCUAACAUAACUGAGGUGCUUUUUCUCUCUCUGUUCUUGUUCAGAAUAAUCCUGUUCUAUAGCCAUCUGAAUUGAAACCAGUUUUGGACAAUAAAUAAUCCACCUUUGAGAUUUAUUUACUAUUGUGCAAGAAAAGGCACAGCUACUAGGAAGAUAAGUGGACAGCCGAUGAAACCCUACAUUUGCUAAUGGAAGGGUUACAAACACAACGUAAGCAGUUGAGAUUAGCACGUGGAUACUCCCUGUAUGAUGUGUCCUCACACCUUACAAAUAGGUUUUGAUAACUUGUGAUACAUACAGUCCUGAUGCUGUAUGUCUCAUGCAAAACAGAAAAGGUAGCAAUACUUAAAUCAGUAUUCAAAAACUUCAAAAAAAAACCCUCACCUACCUCAUUGAUUGCAGAAACAAAAUGGCUUCAUUAUCAUUGAUGUAUUCAAUGAAGAACCAGAAGAUGUCAUAUACACCACUACUUGAGUUUACCUGUCUUCUAGUAUGCUCCACUGGCUGUGUAUGGAUUCAAGUUUAUUCUUUGCAAUGCCUGAAUAUUAUUACUUAAAUGUGAUAUCUUGUCAUUUGAUUCUCUAUUUUAAUAAAGUGAACUUUUUUUA